AUGGCUCCUCCGCUCUUUCUCGGAUUCGACCUCUCCACCCAGCAGUUGAAAGUCAUCGUCACAGACGCCAACUUGAACCAUUUGCACUCCUACCAUGUCGAGUUCGAUGCUGCCUACAAACAACGCUACGGCAUCCACAAAGGCGUGCUUGUGGACGAUGACACCAUUGUAAGCCCAGUGUUGAUGUGGCUAGACGCUGUGGACCAUGUGUUUGACCAGAUGAAGCAAGACGCGUUCCCGUUCGCCGACGUCCGUGGUAUCAGCGGCUCUGGCCAGCAGCACGGCUCCAUCUACUGGUCCCAACAAGCCGAGCACUUGUUGCAGAGCUUGGACGGCUCUGGUGCCCUCAGCGACCAGCUUCAAGACGCUUUCACCUUCCAGAACUCUCCCAACUGGCAGGACCACUCCACAGGCAGCGAAUUGAAGGGAUUCGAAGACACAGUGGGUGCUGACGAGUUGGCUCAGAUCUCAGGCUCCAGAGCCCACUACAGAUUCACAGGGUUGCAAAUCCGCAAGUUGGCCACACGAAUCGACCCUGAGCGCUACGCCAGCACCUGGCGGAUCUCGUUGGUGUCGUCGUUUGUAGCCAGCGUGUUGCUCGGGAAGAUUGCACCCAUCGAGGAAGCAGAUGCUUGUGGCAUGAACUUGUACGACAUCCAGAAGGGCGAGUACGACGAGCGCUUAUUGGCGCUAGCCGCUGGCGUCCAUCCCCAGUUGGAUGGAACGGACCCUCACAGCUCUAAGUACCGUGAUGCAAUCGAUCAGCUCAGACUGAAGCUUGGUGAAAUCAGUCCCAUCAGCUACAAUGCCAACGGAACGGUCUCUCCACAUUUCCAGAAGAAAUACGGCUUCGCCAGCGACUGUAAGGUCUACUCGUUUACUGGCGACAACUUGGCCACUAUCCUCUCGUUGCCACUAGCUCCUAAUGACUGCUUGAUCUCGUUAGGAACGUCCACUACCGUGUUGAUCAUCACCAAAAACUAUAAUCCAUCAUCUCAGUACCAUCUCUUCAAGCACCCAACCAUGCCUGACCAUUACAUGGGCAUGCUCUGCUACUGCAAUGGGUCUUUGGCCAGAGAAAAGGUCCGAGACGAAAUCAACACCAAGUACAAUAUCGACAACAAGUCGUGGGACAAGUUCGACGAGUUGUUGGACGGUUCCACCGACUUCAAUGGCAAGUUGGGAAUCUACUUUCCUCUUGGGGAGAUUAUUCCAAACGCAGCUGCUCAGACUAAAAGAUCGAUGUUGGUCGACGGGACCAUCGAGGAUCUCGAAAUCGGUGAAAAGUGGACCGUCGAGGACGACGUCAGCUCUAUUGUGGAGUCCCAGACUUUGAGUUGCAGAUUGAGAUCCGGUCCCAUGUUGAGUGGAAGUGGCUCUUCCGGCUCCAGUACCACUCCUGAGCCUACGGACGAAGCCAGAAAGAUGUACGACGACUUGAUCAAGAAACACGGUGAGCUUUCAACCGAUGGCAAGAAGCACACCUUCGAGUCCAUCACCUCCAAGCCCAACAGGUGCUACUAUGCUGGUGGUGCAUCCAACAACACGAGUAUCAUCAAAAAGAUGGGUUCGAUUUUGGCACCCAUUAAUGGCAACUACAGAGUGGAGAUCCCCAACGCUUGUGCGUUGGGUGGUGCCUUCAAGGCCAGUUGGAGCUAUGCCUGCGAGGAGAAGAACGAAUGGAUCGGCUACGAAAAGUACAUCAACCAGUUAUUCGAGGUCAACGACGACUUGGAGCCCUUCGAGGUUGAAAAUAAGUGGAGCGACUACCUUGAGGGUGUCGCUUUGUUGGCCAGAAUGGAGGAAACGCUAAAGCACUAG